CCUCGCUGGGCCUCUGUGAACAGGGGCGUGUUGAUCUGCGACGAGUGCUGUAGUGUUCAUCGGAGUCUGGGAAGACACAGCUCCCAAGUACGUCACCUGACUCACACACCAUGGCCUCCUACACAGCUACAAGUAAGAUCUCCACCGCACACACACACACACACACACACACACACACUAUAUUUACCUUGGUCAAAGGUGUCCCCUUUUCUGCUUUCAUGACAGAAUAGGCUGUCUGUAUAUUUCAUUUAAUGGAUCAUAUCUCUUUGUCUUUAUAAAUAGAUGGUUCAGACGUUAUACAACAACGGUGCAAAUUCGAUAUGGGAGCACUGUCUACUGGACCCGGCGUCGGUGAUGAGUGGGAAACGGAAGGCCAACCCUCAGGACAAAGUGCAGUGAGUCAUGAGGGUUUGAUGGCUGCCGAGUGAGCGAGGAGUGCAGCCUUGUUCACCAGUGAAGGAGAGGCAAUUGGCCCAGUUACACUAGUAGAGAGGUUCAUAAGCUUUUUCAGCUCGAGACCCAAAUGAGAAACUGACUGUCCUAGAACGACCCAAAUUAAGAAGAAAUAGGUGUGUGAUUAUAAAUGUUUACUCAUAACCCGAGACCCACCUCUCACAUGCUCAGGGCCCACUUUGUGUCCCAAACCCUAGUUUAAGAAACCCUGCACUAGUACCUUUUUCACACUACUGAGCUGAUCCGAACCAGACUGAACUGCACUGGCCUGGAUACACAUCCACCAAAGUGCUGGUUUGGGUCAGCACGAUAGCAUGAAAUGUGUAUGGGUUUUCAGCAGGAACACUCAAUGCUGGAGAAACCUGAAUUGCUUCAGUUAACUUAUGGUUGAGUCAAUUCACCUGAACCUAAGAGUGAUUGUUGCUUGAAAUUGAAGUGCUUCAAUUGAAAUCCUCCUACAACGCUCUGCUGUUCUGUUAACCCCCCUCUGUUUUAUGUUAUUCCCGAAGCCCAAACAAGACAGACUUCAUAAAGGCCAAAUACCAAAUGCUGGCUUUUGUCCACCGGAUGCCUUGUCGAGAUGACGACAGCUUCACAGCCAAGGACUUAAGCAAGGUGAGACUUCGGCCACUCUGUGCCCACACAACUCCCUAAUGAAAGAGUAUCAAGCUUGAAUGAGCAAUAUUUUACUAAUAAAUGUUGAUUUUAUUUUUCCUCAGCAACUUCACUCCAGUGUCCGCACUGGUAACUUGGAGACAUGUCUGAGGUUACUCUCUCUGGGAGCCCAGGCCAAUUUCUUUCACCCAGUAAGAGAUCUAAUUUCUCCCCCAUCCAGCUUCUAAACAUAUCCUUAACAACAUGUGAAUACAACAGUGUUACUUCCGUAAAUACUGCUUUCCUACACAGGUACGAGAGCAACUUAAUAGAAAGAGUGAAGGACCGUUCACACUGCUUGUGGAAAAAAACGAUGCCAAAAAGGAAGCCUUUUCAUUGGAUUAAUUGCAACCUUACACUACAACCAAUUAAAUGUCUGUUUAUGUCCACAAGCAGUGUGAACCGACCCUUACCCUUUCUCAUACCCUAUCUACAGUUGAAGUCUGAAGUUUACAUACACCUUAGCCAAAACUCAGUUUUUCACAAUUCCUGACAUUUAAUCCUAGUAAAGAUUCCCUGUCUUAGGUCAGUUAGGAUCACCACUUUAUUUUAAGAAUGUGAAAUGUCAGAAUAAUAGUAGAGUGAAUGAUUUAUUUCAGCUUUUAUUUAUUUCAUCACGUUCCCAGUGGGUCAGAAGUUUACAUACACUCAAUUAGUAUUUGGUAGCAUUGCCUUUAAAUUGUUUAACUUGGGUCAAAUGUGUCGGGUAGCCUUCCACAAGCUUCCCACAAUAAGUUGGGUGAAUUUUGGCCCAUUCCUCCUGACAGAGCUGGUGUAACUGCGUCAGGUUUGUAGGCCUCCUUGCUCGCACGCUUUUUUCAGUUCUGCCCAUACAUUUCCAUAGGAUUGAGGUCAGUGCUUUGUGAUGGCCACUCCAAUACCUUGACUUUGUUGUCCUUAAGCCAUUGUGCCACAACUUUGGAAGUAUGCUUGGGGUCAUUGUCCAUUUGGAAGACCGAUUUGCGACCAAGCUUUAACUUCCUGACUGAUGUCUUGAGAUGUUGCUUCAAUAUAUCCACCUAAUAUUCGUUCCUCAUGAUGCCAUCUAUUUUGUGAAGUGCACCAGUCCCUCCUGCAGCAAAGUACCCCCACAUCAUGAUGCUGCCACCCCCGUGCUUCACGGUUGGGAUGGUGUUCUUCGGCUUGCAAGCAACCCCCUUUUUCCUCCAAACAUAAUGAUGGUCAUAAUGGCCAAACAGUUCUAUUUAUGUUUCAUCAGAAAAGUACGAUCUUUGUCCCCAUGUGCAGUUGCAAACCGUAGUCUGGCUUUUAUAUGGUGGUUUUUGUGCAGUGGCUUCUUCCUUGCUGAGCGGCCUUUCAGGUUAUGUCGAUAUAGGACUCGUUUUACUGUGGAUAUAGAUAUUUUUGUACCUGUUUCCUCCAGCAUCUUCACAAGGUCCUUUGCUGUUGUUCUGGGAUUGAUUUGCACUUUUCGCACCAAAGUACGUUCAUCUCUAGGAGACAGAAUGCGUCUCCUUCCUGAGCGGUAUGACGGCUGCGUGGUCCCAUGGUGUUUAUACUUGCGUGCUAUUGUUUGUACAGAUGAACGUGGUACCUUCAGGCAUUUGAAAAAUGCUCCCAAGGAUUAACCAGACUUGUGGAGGUCUACACAUUUUUUUCUGAGGUCUUGGCUGAUUUAUUUUGAUUUUCCCAUGAUGUCAAGCAAAGAAGCACUGAGUUUGAAGGUAGGCCUUGAAAUACAUCCACAGGUUGACUCAAAUGAUGUCAAUUACCCUAUCAGAAGCUUCUAAAGCCAUGACAUCAUUUUAUGGAAUUUUCCAAGCUGUUUAAAACUUCUGACCCACUGGAAUUGUGAUACAGUGAAUUAAAAGUGAAAUAAUCUGUCUGUAAACAAUUGUUGGAAAAAUUACUUGUGUCAUGCACAAAGUAGAUGUCCUAACCGACUUGCCAAAACUAUAGUUUGUUAACAAGAAAUGUGUGGAGUGGUUGAAAAACGAGUUUUAAUGACUCCAACCUAAGUGUAUGUAAACUUCUGUAUUUUUUUUCCCCGUUUUAAUUGUUCACAUAUGGGUGGUAUCUUACCUUUUCUCCAGGAAAAAGGGAAUACGCCGCUGCAUGUGGCUGCCAAGGCAGGGCAGGUGUCUCAGGCGGAGCUGCUGACCGUCUACGGGGCCGACCCCGGAGCUCCCGACACUAACACCAAGACCCCCAUCGACUAUGCAAGGUACUGCAUCAACCAGCCGUUAAAGGGAUAGUUUAACAUUUAGAAAUGGUAACUUAUUUUAUCCAAGUAAUUUUUAUGUUUUAGUGGCUAUGCGACCAGGCAGGCUUUUAUGGGCUUUAUGGGCAAGAAAAAAGGCAUAACGGAUUUCUAUUGUGUGUCUCUUUCUCAGGCAAGCUGGCUACCAUGACCUGGCUGAUAGGCUGGUGGAGAUCCAGUAUGAACUUACUGACAGACUGGCAUUCUAUCUCUGUGGGAGAAAGCCUAGUAAGUGAGGAGACGCUUUCGCCUCCUCAAAUUAGACUGCAAGUGUUGCGUGUCCGCUUAUCCUAACGUCCGUCAGCCACAGUUGAAACAAACCCACAGUAAUCAAUGAGACAUGCUACACCAGCCACAGAAGCAGCACGUCAGUGAAGCAAAGCUUGGGUCGCUAAACAUUAUUUUUCCGCUUCAAGACUAUUUCUAGGGCAGAGACAUGCCUCUGUGAAGCAUAUAUGCGCUUUAGAUUUUUGCCUCUGUGAUAUGAUUCUGGUUUAGCAGGCAAGAAACAAUGCACAACGUUUGCAGCCUAGUUUCGGGGGUUACUCAACUGAUCGCUUACAGUAUCUCCCAUGAGGGUUCUAAUCCCAACAACCCAUCCGUGCUUGCUUUCAGAUCAUAAAAAUGGCCUUCACUUCAUCGUCCCACAGAUGGCCGACAGGUAAGGAAGGAAGCAUUGUGUGGCUCGAUGUAUGAAAUAGUGGCCUGGUCCCAGACUGUUUGUGCUGUAUAGCCGAACCCUAUGGUCGUUGCCAUGUCAAAUGACAAUGACCAUAGGAGUUGGCAAGACCGCUUAAACUGAUCUGGGACCAGACUAAUGAAAUAGCACUUUGGGGGGGCUUGUUCUUGGAUAAGUAAAGUGGGUGAAGUUUUAAAUGUGUUUUUUUGGGGCAAAGAAACCGUGAGCUGUUUGACAGUGCAAUCCAAUUCCAGGGCCUGCCAGGACAUGUUUUGUGGCUUUUUGUAACAGGCAUGAGAGGAAACAGGCUGAAACAAUUGUUGCAUGUUGUCAAGAUCAUAAUCUUCCCCUUAAAUCAUUGAGUACAUUUACAUGCCCACUAAUAAUUAGAUAUGAAAGUGAUUAUGGCAAUAGGCCGAGUAUGGCAUUAGUCAUGUAAACACCUUACUAUGCUUAUCUUAAUUGGUGUAAGGUCAUAAUUUAAGUAAGCACACACCAAUUAAAAUACCUGGUUUUCAGAGCAAUUGUUCUAAUUAUUAGGACAUAUAAAAAAAUAAAAUAUAUAAACACCAUAAUCAGAGUUCCAGCUGUGUAUUUGGUCUGGGCAUGUGCUAGCACCAGCAGCGCAAGCCUCUCUUUUGCGCGAGUGAAGUAAGUUCGGAAAAACUGAAAGUACGCAUCUUAGAAAUAGUUAUCACAUACAAACUUCAUAUGUCCGAACUCAAUCAAAAUGGCUUCCCAAAAAUAACAUGGUCGCUGUGGUAGAACAUUUAUUUUGAUUUCAGAUGUGUCCCUGUAAACCGGAUUAUUAGGGAAAUCGUUCUUCUUGCAAAGCAUGUAAAUGUUUUAAUCGAACUAUUAUAUUAAUCUGACUAGUGUGCAUGUGAACGUUCCCAGUGUCGUUAUUGCACCAUAAUAAUAAUGCAUAUCUGAGCUAAAUCGUUCCAGUUGGUACCUUUCUGGUCUUAUUAUAGCAUAUUAUUAACUUAUUAUAGCAUAGUUCUGAUAUUUGAACUCAAACAAAACAUGUUGUCUUUUUUUAUGCUGUCUUGAUGGAUAAGGAACAUGUAAGUAUUUUAUCAUAAUUAGGUUUGACCAUUUCCCCUCCCAUUCAACAUUAGAGGCUAAGCUGAUUUAUGUUUUCCAUGUAUAGCAGUUUAGAUUUAUCAGAACUGGCAAAGACGGCAAAGAAGAAACUCCAGUCUGUAAGUGUUUACUUUAAGAUUUGAAUGGAUAAGAUGUAUGAUAUUACAAUCUAGAGACAUAUGUAAUCAAAACAUAUUCAUAGAACUAGUUCUGGGUUGUUUUCACAAAUCACACAUUUCAUUUCAGCUCAGUAAUCAUUUAUUUGAGGAGCUGGCGAUGGACGUGUAUGACGAGGUGGACCGAAGGGAGACGGAUGCAGGUAAGACGGACAGACAGUGAUGUGGAGUAACGUCGGUGCAUGUUUUUUAGCAUUCAGUCCACCAUGUCCAGUCAAACAUCUGGGUGGUGUUCAUUUGGCACCAAACGGACUGAAACAGGGAGGGACUACCUAGACUUAUCCAAUAAGAAACACACAUUUUUGUUUUCCGUUUGCGUUUCCUAAUGAACAUGGCCCUUAUGCAACACUCCUAUGUUCUGCACAGUAUGGCUGGCGACGCAGAACCACAGUACCCUGGUGACAGAGACCACAGUGGUGCCUUUCCUUCCUGUGAACCCAGAGUACUCAUCAACACGAAACCAGGCAAGUCUGCUGCAUACCUCCUUCCCUAGUAAACACUUUGAUACUGAUUGCUUUAGUUAAAUAUAUUCCCCUCGCUGUUUUUCUCUCUCCUUUUAAAUAUGACUGAUUCUCGGUUGUCUCAGUGAAGUUUCAUCAGAUGCACAAGGAGAGGAUGCAUUUUGCUAUGCUUUUUUCUUAUUUUUUUCUCCAGGGACGGCAAAAGCUUGCGAGAUUCAACGCACAUGAAUUUGCAACUCUUGUCAUCGACAUAUUAAGUGACUCGAAACGUCGACAGCUGGGGAACUCGACCACAAGUCCCAAAGGUAAAGUACUGGAUGAUAAUGGACCUACUACCUCAGACACACAUGGCUUAUGGUCAUAAUAAAAAUUGCAUGUCUUCUUUAUUCGAAAUGAGAAAGGUGUCAUUUGCUUUGUUGUGGUUACAGAAAAUGUUGAACUUAUCCUAAAAAGUGUGAGCAGCCGGAGUGGCAGCGAGGGUCUGGACAACGACCAACCAGAUUACGACAGCGUGGCCUCUGACGAGGACACGGAUAAGGAGCCACCCUCGGGCAAGGACCGGACCAAGGUAACUAAUGUGAUCGCUUGGCACGCAAACCAAGUAAAGGGUUUCAGGUAGUACUUACUUGUUGUCCUGAAAAUGAGCGCCUGCAGUCUGGACUCAGACAAGUCCUAAAGCCCACCCUCUGACUUUUCCCCCUACAGAGUCUGGACUCGGAACCGUCAGACGGGCCUGUCACGGUGCAGGAGUUCCUGGAGGUGAAGAACGCUCUGUCGGCCUCUGAGGCCAAGAUCCAGCAGCUGAUGAAGGUCAACAGCAACCUGAGCGACGAGCUGCGGCUGAUGCAGAAAAAGGUACCGCCCACUGCAGAGAUCCACCAAUCAGAUCACUAACACCGUUCGGUCCGUCCGCCACUCGGCCAAUGAGACGGAGGGUUGGACUGGGGGGGUGGCACAGUGGUUGAUCAGCCGAGCUCUGGUCCCUCCCCUCACGGUAACCUCCCUUCACACACUGUGGUUCUAAUGAGGGUCCUAACCAGUAACCACCAGGCUGCUGGGAAGGUUCUCCUGCAAGGCAAGACUGCUCUCCAUCUAGCUCCACUGUUUGGGCCAGCAUGUUUCAGUCCAUGUUCAGACAAUGGCUUCUAUAGCUUGACAAAUUCUUGUUAUAUAUAUUUUUUUAAAACUUGUGUUAAAGAGAUGCAUUCUUGCUCCACUCCACUCUAUUGUGGAAAACGAUAUCCCUCCCAGUGUAUCAUACACUAAAAGCUGUGUAAUUUCUUAUGGUACGACUAACAGGCAUGCUCAAGUAAUCAGCAUGACAUCACUCGCACUGUGAGUUUCCCCUCCCCUCGUCGUUUCCAUGGUGACUAACAUAGUAAGCAUAGCGUUGUUAUUAUUUUGUGUUCUAUCUGUUUGAUCCUGCAUUAUGAUUUCAACAAGCUUAUCAAUUAUAAGGGAUGUUCUUUUACACUUAAUGUUAGCUCAUCAGAAUGCUCCUCUUGAAGGUGUGAGAUAACACAGCUCUUAUUGUUAUACAGGUGCAGCAUUUGCCUUGUCAUUCGAAAACAGUCCAAUGGUCCUCUGCUGUGGUUUUAAACAGAAUCUUUACAGCUGAUUGUUUCCUAACAACAAAGCUGUAUUCAUAAAGUGUCUCAGAGUAGGAGUGCUGAUCUAGGAUCAGGGCCCCUGUGUCCAUUCAUUCUAAUCUUAAAUGCCCAGGAGUACUGUCACUUCCCUAUCCAUAUGACCCCUAUGAUUUAUUAUACUAAAUCCUUAAUGAUUUAAAGCCACAAUCCACAGUGUGUGUUUCAGCCCAACAGCAGCCCCACCACUUGAUUGGGAAUAGACAAAACUAUCAUUGCCCCAAUCAACAGCCUCUGUUCAACCUAAAAGGCAUAAAUGGUGACAAACGACCUUUUAAAAGACAGAUCGAGUAACCAUAGAAAUAUAGGGUUAUGCCUUUACAAGGUGGUGAGCUAAUUUUGUCGUGAUUUGAAUAGCUGUUGUUGCAGACUUACAGGCUCCAUAUCGUGCCUUUUGAAGCCCUUCUUUGUCCUGGGUCGUGAAUCCUUCAAAAAACUGAUGGCCGAUUCGAUAGUCUUUCUUAGCUGUCAGAGAACUUCCCCAUUGCCCUCUCUGAACAAAUAGCACAAACCAUAGGGUUGGAUAGAGGGCACCAUUGAGAUCUAUCUAUCUAUCUAUCUAUCUAUCGAGCUAUCUAUCUAUCGAGCUAUCUGAACUGUUUGGCUUGCCUGCAACACUUUCUGCUUGCUCUUACCCCUAGCUUUUUGAGUGGAGUUUUCGGAUGCCUAGCAUGAGUAACACCAGGGGGGAAAUGCUUAACAAGACGAUGUUAUAAAGACAUGAGUAGUAGCCUAUAACAUUGGCUCUGGCCUUAGCUUCGUACAGAUGGAUGCUGACAGUUCAACACCUGAAGUAAACAUUUAGAGGUAGGGAAAUGGGGACCAAUCCUAACUUCUGCUUUAGUCUAAUUUUCACUUGGUCUCCUAUUGACAUCAAUUCAAGUGAAAUUCAACUUAAGUGAAAGUUAGGAUUCGCCCUGUGGAGAAUAAAGCAUGCAUUAAAGCUAGAAAACCAAAUCACCUUGCUCUCUGAUAAGAAAAGCGCCCUCUUAGUGUAUUUGCUGACCCGUCUCUUCCAGCUGCAAUCGCUGCAAAGUGAGAACACGUCUCUCAGGCGGCAGGGCCCAACCACCCAUAUCUAUCAGGUCCCCAUCAACAGCGGGUCAGAGUACACUGACCCUUCUUCCUCCAGCCCCUCGGCCAUGAAGCGCCAGCAGUCAGCGCGUGCAGGUCGGCCCAUGUCCAUGUCUAUUUAUGAGACUGGCUCAGGCCUGAAGCCCUACCUCCCUAAGGGGGACACCCCCUACCCAGAGGAGGGUGUCCCCACCCUGCAACCCUUCCUCCCACCUCAUGUAAGUAAAAAUCCCGCAUCCAGCCUCCUUUGCCAUUUCCUCUCCCAUUUUCACCUAGUCUUCUUCUUCUCCUCCUCCUCCUCUUUUCUCAUUGUAUCUGUUUCUGCAGUCCUUUUUUCUCUGAUUGUUCCAUUUCCUUUCUGCUUUUACUGAAAUCUGUUGUUCUUUGGUGUACCGGUAAUGUUUGCCUGUAGCUAUUAUUUGGGACCUGGCAGUGAUAAUCAGCCAAUACAAUGCCAAGCACACAGGUCACACACACAGCCACUCUCAACUCAGUGUCUGCUCUGAAUGGCUGCAGUCUCAUAGGAUUCUUCUCCGGGCUGUUGGUUUCGACAGUGUUUAUUGGGCCCUGUUCCAAUGCCUUUAACAUGCAUCCUUCCUCUCUCUUCCUCCUUGAGAUAAUCACUGAUCUAUAAGUGAAUGGAUGUGUGAAACAUUUCCACUAUGUUGCUUUCACCAAUGUUAAUGUGUUAGAUCAGUGAUUUCCUCAAAGAAACGGAUGGGUGCAUUUUAAGGUAUUCAAAGUACUCUCUUGGAGUACUCUCUGUUCAAACAUUUUCUCAGGUAGACAAUAGGAAAGAAGUCAUGAUCCCACUUGUUAUUUCAAGGUUGAAUCUGAAAUAUUUUGAAGGUUUUCAUGUAACUUCAAAUAAGAAUUAAACAUCCCAUUGAAAUUUGUUCAGAGUGUUUAUUUUAUUCUGUCUGUGUGACUAGCAAGCUCAUUUAUGGUUCUAAAUCCAGGUGUAUUGUCAUUUCUCUUUAAACAAAGGGGAAUUUUGUGUUUUUCUAAUUGUAACGAAUCACUUAGUUCUGGUACAGUAUUUUAAGAGGGGCAAUCCGGAAUUGGUACAUCUAUUUGUCCUACACUGUCAGAACUCAAAGUGCAAGAUUGUUUCACACCAUUGUUUGUUAACAAUGUAAUUGUAAACAAUAGUCUAUAGCUUAAAAAAAUGUUUAAACUAUACCCUUUGAUCUCAUGGAUGGUCUGUCCUUUCCUCUGUAGCUCGGUCGAUCUGUUUGCAUUUCUCCAGCCCCAUCCCUCAGCUGUUCACCAAAACAGGUGGUGGGUGUGCUUUGUUGUUUUUCGAAUCCCGGAUUGCCCCUUUCAAUGUCUAUGGAAACAAAUGUGUACUAUGUCAUACCAAAUAAUAAAAUAUGUUCAUUGUCUAGAUGUUUAUUAUGUUCAAGGUAUGGGAUUUGAGGUACAGUAUGCUCAGAUCCAACAAGGAAUUGUAAUGCAGUUAUUUAAGUCUAAUUCCUUGUCAUACAGUCUCGUUCAUAAUCACAAUUUAUGGUGUUCUUCAUUCUUACUAUGGUUUUGUUUUCUUGAAUGAUUUUUUUAUUUUAUUUUAGUGCUCCCAAACCCUGUUAUUUGCAUGAAGUAGUUUGAACAAGACUUUGUUCUUGAGAGCACUAACUACUUUUUUAAAAACCCAUUUUUGUUUCAUUUCUUAAACAUAUUUUUGUUUUAUCUUUUUAAAACAUAUAAUUUGAACCCCUUUCUAGACGGGAAGGGGCGCUUUUGUGACCUCUUCAUCCCUCCCCUCCUUCCCAUCCACCCUGUCCUGGUCUCGGGACGAAAGUGCUCUAAGGGUUAAGUACCUCCUAACUUGGUUCUUGCCUCUCGGGACGCAGCAAAUCCACUGGGGGGAGCCCCUGCCCUCCUCCUCCUCCCUCCCUCCCUACCUGUCCUGCUGUGCUGCAUGAGCCAUGGGCUGCCUUCCCUUCACCACAACCACUCAUACAUAUCUCCACCAUCACUGUCCUCAUCCUCAUGCCUGUUACAAUCAGCUAGAAGGUUUUCAGUGUAGAGUCAAGAUCACAUACCCAUCUCAAUGCAAAGGUUUGCCUACCCUCCGUGAGACCAGCUGCCAGGUUAAGCAGUCAGCCUAUUGAGAUUUUUCACGUUUUUUUACAUUUUCCCAAAUUCCUCAUGCUGUUAAACCAAAAAAGGCCUUGAGCUCCUUCCACCUCCAGAGCCAACAUUUUUCUAUACGUUUUUAAAUGUAUGAUCUCUUUUCUCCAUCUCUAAUCAGCACACGGCUGUCGCACAGUGAGCUUCAUCCAGCAUGCCCUCCCUCGCCUCUAGUAACACCCAAACUCUCCAGUUAUCCAGGAGUCUGUUCCUCGCUGAGACUGUGGACCUGUCCAGAAACAAACAACCCAUAGCCCCUACCCCUAGACACUUUCUGAGAUCUUGUGAAAAGAUCUGAGAGGAUUUAAUAGGUUUAAGCAAUGUGAUAACAAUUCCACCUAACCUAUCAGAGGGCAAGGUGGAGCUAUCACCAUAUUGCUCAAUCUUCUCAGAUAUCCACAAGUGUCUAGGGGGUAGGGGCUAGGGGUUGUUUCUGGACAGGGCCUUUGACUGACAUAUGCGCAGAACUGCAAGUCCAGUGGGAGUGAAAUGAACAAAACACUUAAUACAGCUAAUCCCACUUUCAGCAGUUUGCUGUAUUGUGUGUUUGUGAGGGGUUUGGCAUCUUGCCCUGCAGACAGGAAGAGGAUGUUGUAUGAGCGGGUCUAUUGGGCUAGGCUGGAAAGGGUAUGUAACUGUACGGUAUGUGGCUUGUGUCCCUCUCUGGGUGUUUGUCUCUGCUCCUUUCUUUUGAAAUGCACCUCCUCUACAUAUUUUCUCUUCUGUGCUGAAAGGGUGAGGGAUCUGCGUGGAUGUGACAAUGCAGGGUCAGUGUUGUGCACCCAAAGCUUCCUAUCUGAUACUAGAGUAAAGCUCAAGCGAUGUUAUCCACCAGUCUCGUGACGCAGCACAAAUGCUUACAGGCUGGAUGGAGCACACAGUAUUGCGUAUUGAGUACAGCCGACUUUAGAUGGACAAAUACACAUUUGUGAAGCAGUAUCUCCAUCAGCAUUGUCUUAGCCAAUUGUCUUAGCCAAUUGACUUACGUUCAAUUUGUGCCACACAAUUGUCCAUUGUCGCAGUGCUUUUUUCCCCCUAGACUUGUCAGCUUUUGACCCGAAUUCAUCGGAACCUUGAUUCAAUGUCAUGAAAGUUAUGACUCUUUAAUGAAAGUCUUGGAUCAGAGUUCUGGAAAAUAAUGGAUCAUGGUUCUGAUGUAAUUCAGUGGAGGUUGUUUUUUUUCUGUGUGAUAGCUAUCCAGUGAUUUCUCUCUCCUCAAACAUCCCUGACUUCAUCUGUCUUGGCGUAUGCCUUUAAAAAGGGGGGUUUGAAGCUUUUCCUGGACUAUGCAUUUGGCCCUUCAUUCUUCGCCAUGGCUCAGGCUACUACUGUGUUUUUAAUAUUGUCUACAAGUCUCCAUCUUUUACACGCAGGAGUUCAAAGGUAUUUGUAGACAUUGAACCAGCCUAGCAUCCCCACUUGGCAUGGUACCAAUCAAUCAAUCAGCCAUUCCAUUUGCCAGUGUGGUUUCUGUCACAGUAGCUUAUAGACAUUGAACUUGCAAUUUUUUGAACCCCGGAUAACCUCUUUUUACUAACCCUGGCAAUGAAAUGUAAAAGGCUUCACUAUGAUUUUCUGUUUUGCUUCCAGGCUUUUGUUUGUUUGUUGACUCGUUCUCCAUGUUGCUUUCCCAUGGUUUUAGUUCAUUUAAUUUGUCACUGCCAUACAACAAUGUAAGUUGUUAGUAAAACUGUUUCAAAGUCACAUUUCUGUCAGCUCCUAUUUACGUUUAGGCCUAGAAUAUAAUGCAAUUGUUUGUAUGAUGCAUUGCAUUGAAAUAGGGGAUUUUAUCUAGCAUUCUAUAUCCAUUUUCUGCUUGCAUUAUCAUUGACAUUUGUCCCUGUGACACAUUUUGUUACUCUAGUUCUCUCUCCCUCUCAUGUUAGGCCUCCAAGCUGGACAAGCAGAGCAGCAUGCCAGACAGUGACUAUGACAACACAAACAAUGACUAUGAGAUGGAGGACUCUGGGUAGGAACACACACACACUUUGUCACUUUGAAGUUGCCACUGCUUUCUGUGUUGCACAUCAGGUGGACAGUUAGGGCUGGAUGUAGGGGUGCAGAGAUUGUAGUAGCAUCCCGGAUGACCCUGUCUCUACCCCCCUAGCAGUAUGGGCAGGCGGGGGAGGCUGAGGAGCAGUGGUUGGCUGGGGGAGGGCAGCUCCAUCCCUGAGCUGGACGACCUGGGGGCAGAGCCGGACCCAGCGCUUCCCAGCACUGAGGAUGUCAUCCGCAAGACGGAGCAGAUCACCAAGAACAUCCAGGAGCUGCUCCGCGCCGCGCAGGAGAACAAGCACGACAGGUGAGGAAGAAGUGGCGGGCCACAAGAUCGAACACUGAAGCCAAAUUAAAUAGAGCUCUAUGUUGUAACUAUCUCUAUGGAGAUAAACUAGGCUUUUUCUGUGUUUCCUGAAAAGUUCCAGAUAGUCACCCCCCUUUUGUUUUAACCGAAUUCAUUAUUGCAGCUUCGCCUUUUCCCUUUUGUGUAUUCAUCAAAGUACUUCCACUUUCUAGAUUCUUCUUGAGUUCCCCCACUGUCACUGUUUGUUUAUUAAAGUUCUGCAUUUUACAGUAUGUCUUCUUGGUUCAGUGUUUUUUAAUCCUCCCUAUGAUUUCACCUCUUCCACUUUUUCUGUGUUCUCCCCUCCUCCCUCCUCUCUUCUCCUGUCCUCUGUGCUGGCAUUUCGUUCUUUCGGGGGGGGGUUGCUCUCUCCUCCCCUCCCCUAUCCCAUUCCUGUAAGCAGACCUUGUGAGCGUGUGCGCCGGCUCAGGCACAGUCUGGGCUGUUUCAGCACCCUGGUGCCCUGGGCUGAGAAGGCCCCCUCUCCCCUGCAGCCCCUCAGCCUGUGCUCCCCCGAUCCUGCCGCCUGGUACUCUACUGGCCUCUGUCCCUGCCUCCCAGGCACACUGUCUCCUCCCUCUCUCUCACACACACCUUCUCUGUCUUUCCUGCCCCUGCUCUGUUGCCCAAUUCCGAUGACUGAUUUCCUCCUUUGCUAUGGUGUGUUGUCUGCUAGGCAUUAGAGUGAAAGGCUAAUCCUAAUGAACGCUCACUCACCUACUCUCUUCAUUUCUCCCGUUGCAAACAUCAGUGCAAACACCACUACCUCAAAACUAGAAAACUCAGACAACCCAUCAAAGGGCUAAUGAUAUUCAAGGUACCCACGGUUUGUUUAAUUGGUAUUCCGUGUGUUUAGAGUAGAGCUGGAGCUAGUUGAAUCCAUAGUAGUCCAUCACCAAGUACAUCAUGAAUACAAGCAGUCUUAUCAAUUUUAUAAGAUAAUUUCUGUAUGUGUUUAGGUUAAGGAAUUGUGCCCUGUAGUCUAAUAUCCAAAUGAGCAAUUAUUAUUUAUUUAUUUGUAUUAUUGUUUUGGCGUAGCUGAUAGUUCAUCACACAUGAUCAGCUCUGGUCCCUCACUCCUGUCUUUGAACUGUGAAUUAUAGCUUCGGUGCCACUGUUUCUGCUCUCUUGCCAACUCCAUAGUGCAGAAACAGAUUGGCACCCAGGCUACAUUCAUUAUGGCAGCUGUUGUCUGACCAUGUCAGAAUGCAAUAUUUGGAAUAGUAUAAUAGAUUAACCAAGCACUAACCUGGGACUGCAGUUUGUUUUUCAGCAUGUAGCUCUGCGAGUGUUGAAUUGUAUUUUGCCUCCCCUCUUCACCUAGACUAAAAACAUGUUUUGAAUAGUGUUGUUUUGGGAUCGCAAGAGGUAACUUUUUAUUGCAAGUUGUUUCGGCUUUUCUCCAUGAAAUAAUGAUGACAUUAAGAGACUGAUUGUCUUAUUAACCACCAUCCUCCUGAUGCCUUUCCUCUUCCAGCUUUAUACCCUGCUCCGAAAGAAUAUAUGUGGCUGUGACGGAGAUGGCCGCUCUCUUUUCCAAGGUAAGCUCACAAAACGCUCCAUGGUACCAUCAUCACUGACAUGCAAAGGUAUUUCAAAAUGUUUUGCAACGGAAAAUGAGUUUCUCUUCCGUGUGAUGCCUAAUGAACACAACCCAGGUCAGCUCACAGUCGCAUGAUGUGUUGAACCCCUUAUUGGUUACCUGUAACCUCCUCAUCUCACCUUGUGCUUUCCAGAGACCACGUUCGGAGAUGGUGAGAGGCCCCCUGCGCCUGUUGACGUCCAGCGCCUUCCGGCUCCAGGGUGAGUGUCGGAAGGCAUCGCCCCCCGAGGAAGGCCCAGGGCCCGACAUGCAGCUGGUCACCCAGCAGGUUAUCCAGUGUGCCUAUGACAUUGCCAAAGCUGCCAAGCAGCUCGUCACCAUUACCACCAAGGAGAACAGCAAC